UGUGUAACUAAGUAGUUAUUGAGAGGGCUAGACCAAGGACAGAAAUCUCCACUUCUUGUGCAAAACAGUUAUUCCUUCACUAUUGCACAAUAUUUACAUGAAAUUGGUACAUAAAGGCGAUCAUACGGAAACGACUUGCCAACAGACUUAUCUGACAGUAGUUCAUGAAAAUGUAAACGCUCUGAAAUGCCAGAAAAGCGAACAUUGAAAUUGAAAUCGAUUCGGGGUCAGGUUGAAAGGGUCGACUGGAAUAUUUCCCGACAAUGACAUGACGAAAUUGCCGAUAUAAUUGCGAAAUUAAGUACGAAUUCCCGGUGUCCUAAAGUCAAGUGUACUAGGCUUAAGUCGAGAGGUGUGUUGAUCCUGGACCAAUGGGAAAGCGGAGGUGCGGUUUUGACGUCACGUCGACGUCAUAAAAUAGAUUCGAUCACCUGUUCGGACACACACUUUUAAGUGAGACAGCCGCUCUUCUGGUGCCGUUCAUUAGUCGUGAAACAGUCGCUCGUGAAAAUCUGUCGCGGUCGACCGCUAAUCCAAGAAUAGCACGUUCAGACGUCUCAUCUUGAACUGAAGUCUCGAUUAUUUUUUUUUCCGCAGGCAUAAUGGGCAUUGCAUAAGUGCCAACGACUUUUGGAAAAAACUGCAUCCUACCUCAGACACUGAAAAUUUUCGUAUCGCUAUAAGUUGAACUUGACGAUCAUGAAAAUGGUUUUUUGGAAAUAUUUGAUGGUCGUCUUCGUUUUCGAAUUAGUGUCAAGUUCUGAUGUCUUGGUUCCCCCCUGCUCAAGCGAAAUAUACUGCCAUGGGCCGCUCCUACACACCGUGCAGAUGGCCAGGAUCUACGAAGAUUCGAAAACUUUCGUCGACAUGAAAAUGAAAUACCCCCCAAACGAGACCCUGGUCAGAUUCGACGAAUUCAUGGUCGAGUACCACAACAAGCCGACCAGGAACCAGGUCGAGGACUUCGUAGCUAGGACCUUCGAGUCGGCCGGCAGGGAAUUCGAGGCCUGGGUCCCUAAGGACUGGGUGGAGAAGCCGAAAUUCGCCAGCAAGAUCAAAGAUGUCGAACUGCAAGGCUUUGCCUUGGAACUGAACAAGAUAUGGAAGAAGCUCGGCAGGAAGAUGAAGGACGAAGUUAAGAAAAACAAGGAUCUGUACAGUAUCAUUUGGGUUCCGAAUCCUGUGAUAGUGCCUGGAGGCAGGUUUAGGGAGUUUUAUUAUUGGGAUUCCUACUGGAUCAUGCUUGGUCUUCUCUUAUCGGAAAUGGUAGACACCACCAGGGGUAUGUUGGAGAACUUUUUGUACAUGGUGGACCACUACGGACACAUUCCAAACGGUGGAAGGAUCUAUUAUUUAGAACGUUCCCAACCACCCUUACUAAUACCGAUGAUCAAACUGUAUUACGAUUUCACCAACGAUGAACAGUUCUUGAAGAACAACAUUAGAAUAAUGGAGAAAGAGUUCGAGUACUGGAUGACCAACCAUUCCGUCGAGAUCAACGUCGAUGGGAAAAAUUACACGUUGGCUCACUACGGUGACAGAUCGCACGGACCAAGACCGGAAUCCUACUCGGAAGACGUGAAAAGUGCUUCCAAUUUCAACGAGGCGAAAAAAGAAUCUUUUUACUCCGAGCUGAAGGCAGCCGCCGAAUCUGGAUGGGACUUCUCCAGCCGAUGGUUCAUAACCAACGGAACGAACGCCGGUAACCUGACGAACAUAAAAACAAGAUCGAUAAUUCCCGUAGAUCUCAACGCCAUUCUAUAUUGGAACGCGAAGCUACUAGGCGAUUUCAAUAAAAUAUUAGGGGACGAAGAGAAAGCUGAGCAUUACUACCAGAUCGGCAAAGUUUGGUUGGAGGCUGUGACUGCUGUGCUGUGGCACGAAGAAGUGGGUUCCUGGUUAGACUACGACAUGAUUAAUAACCUGAAAAGGGACUACUUCUACCCGUCCAACAUUGCACCCUUAUGGACAGGAUGUUACAACACGACAGAAACUGAUAAAAUAACAAAAUUAGUCAUCAAAUAUUUACACAAUAAACACAUAAUGAACAACCCAGGUGGCAUUCCAACAACGAUGGCGCAUACUGGCGAACAAUGGGACUACCCUAACGCCUGGCCACCCCUACAACAUAUGAUGGUCAUGGCCUUGAACAACACCGGUGACAAGACAGCCCAAAGAUUAGCCUUCGAAAUAGCGGAGAAGUGGAUAAGGUCGAACUACAAAUCUUUCCGAUCCACCUCGGCCAUGCUCGAGAAAAGCUAUCUAUUUCAGUACGAUGCCACCAUAGCAGGAUCCUCUGGCGGUGGAGGAGAAUACGCGGUCCAAGAGGGUUUCGGAUGGACAAACGGCGUCAUAAUGGAUCUAUUGGACAAGUACAGCGACACCAUCUUCAUGAAUGAUCCGAAUGCCGAGAUGCAAACAAACAAGGGCGAACUACUGGCUACCUCAAGCUCCGUCAAUGCAGUUUUACUAGCAGUUCUCGUUACUUUAGCCGCAGGUUUUAUAGGCAUAAUGAUCUACAGAAAACGUAUGAGCCAACUGAGAAGCAGUCCGCCAAUUCCAAGACCUAGAGUGAGAUAUACAGAACUCAGAAGUAUGAAGGAAAGGCGAUAAACCUAUCGAAUUGAAUUUGAAGAGGGUUAACUACGUCAGGGAAGAAAAGAAAAAGAGUGAAAUCUUAGAUAUAUUUUCAAAGCUUUAUUAUACAAUUGUGGGCAUCGUUAUAACUGACGUCAUAAAAAUGCGUCUCGAUACUGUGAUAACAUUUACAUGAAAUUUCGGGGGAAUAAGUAUUUUAUUGUUGUGGUUUUUUCAUAUCCAUUGAAAAUAUAUCUUAGAUUUGGGUGGAUUUUGAUAGAAUAUGAUUCAGAAAAUAAUCGUUUGUGUAUUGAGGAAAUUAUUAAGUAUUAUCUGAAAAUGAAAGAGACCAAAAACAUCCAAAAUAGCCGUUGAUUAUUGAUAAGAAUUAAUAAUUAAUUUGGAACCUAAAGCAUACUUUCUUCAUGCAACUUUUUCCUCAACAAUACCCCAACAAAGUGAAAUAUAAUAAUUCAAUUUUCCAGAAAGAUACAAAUGAGACCUAAUUCGAUUUAUUUCUAUAAUUUUGUAAACGUGUACUUAAAUUGAAUGUGAUAUACGUAAUGUUUGAAUCCACUCGACACAAUUAAAAAACACAAUAUGCACUAUUUCAAUUAUGAAACUGUGCUAUGUGAAGAUGUCUUCAGAAAAAAUAAAUUUUAUUAUACUACCGAUAUCCGAGGAAUCAUGAGGAAAUUCUCGUCAGGACUGAGAGUCUAUUCCAAAUUAAACAAAAUAAUAUGCCGAACAUUGACCGUUUUAUUAUUAUUAAAACAUCUAUAUGAAAAAUAAUUCAUUAUUUGUAUAAAUUAAAUUCGUUGUUUUCAAUACAUCUGUUGAAUAUUCAAAGCAAAAAUGAUUAAAUGACGAAUUGCUGAGCACUUCGAUAUACAAUUUAUAGAUUUUAAGUGUAUUGGUAUUUUAGUUUUAGUUAGUUAAUUAUAUGAAAAGAAGUUUUUGAAUUCCUCAUCCACAAUUUGUAAUAUGUUGAAAAAAUAUCUUGACAGAAAUAUUCAUCAUUCACUUUCACUAUGAACUUUUCUUAGGUUUUUUAUGGGUGGGGAACGUGAUCUCUAAGGAACUAUGCUUGUGUUAUUGUGUGAGAAAAAUUGCUCGUGUUAUUGUAUAAGAAAAACUUGUCUUAAUACAAUAUUUAUGUAUUUUGAAUGGUCCAAUUGAAUCGGUACGAUGUAGAUCAAAUAAAUAGAUACAUAUGAA